AUGUUUCCUUCGGAAGCUGGCGCCCAGAUCAUCAUCUCUCGAGAUGAUGGCUGCUGCGCUAUCCACGUUCAGAAUACCCCACGCGGCCAUGAUUGCGGCAACAGUCCAAAAUGGGCUAAAAUAUCACUUCCGCUCAAUCUUGGCUUGUCACCCGGAAUUUUUCGCACUAUCGAGGCAAGAGAUCUCAACCACCAUUCCCGACGAAAGCUUUCAGACUCUCGUUUUGGCGCGAACGUUGUAACUGUCCGUUUCGUUCAACUUUUACUAGAUUACUACACGCAGUAA